GGGUCAGGCGUACAGGAACAACGAGCGUAGAAGCCGGCCGGCGGUUCGGUCUAUGUUUAGUGAUGGCCAUGUGACUGGUGUCAUCAUCAGCAUGCCAGACAUGGCUGUGCUGUGUCCGCGUUAGCCUCCUCCCCUGCCUUUCCACUUUCCCUCUCUUCUUCCUGUGAUCGCUCGCUCCGUUGACUCGUGUCUAAUCCUAAACUACUGGAAAAUGUAAGUUGGGAAGAGCAGACACCGAGCCCGUGGCUACAGAACCAUGAAUGUGUGUAACAGCACUGAUCUUCCUGAGGUGGAAAUCAUCAGUUUGCUUGAAGAGCAGCUUCCUCAUUAUAAGCUGAGAGCAGACACUAUAUACGGCUAUGACCACGACGACUGGCUCCACACACCCCUCAUCUCACCUGAUGCUGCCCUCGACCUGACCACCGAGCAGAUCGAGGAGACCCUCAAGUAUUUUUUACUGUGUGCUGAUCGAGUGGGCCAGAUGACUAAAACAUAUAAUGACAUAGACGCCGUGACACGUCUCUUGGAAGAGAAAGAGCGAGAUUUGGAGUUGGCUGCACGUAUUGGUCAAUCUCUGCUGAAGAAAAAUAAAACUCUGAGCGAGAGGAACUCCUUCCUGGAGGAGCAGGUGGAGCAGAUACGAGAGGAGGUAUCUCAGCUGCGUCAUGACCUCUCAAUGAAGGAUGAACUCCUGCAGUUUUACACCAGUGCAGCAGAAGAGAGUGAUGGAGAUUCUGCUUCUACCACACCUAUUCGUCGUAAUGACUCAUCUCUCUGCAUGCCAAAUUAUCUUCCUCUGGAUUCACUGCAAAAGAAACUCAAAGACCUGGAGGAAGAGAAUAUCAGCCUCCGAUCAGAGGCGAAUCACCUGGAGACAGAGACCAUCUCGUAUGAAGAGAAGGAGCAACAGCUUGUAAAUGACUGCGUUAAAGAGCUCAGAGAUGCUAACUUGCAGAUCUCCACCAUCGCGGAGGAGUUGGCAAGGAAAACAGAGGACGCCUCCCGGCAGCAGGAGGAGAUCACGCACCUCCUCUCUCAAAUUGUGGACCUGCAGAAAAAAGCCAAAUCUUUUGCACUUGAAAACGAAGAACUCACUCAGCAUCUGGGAGCUGCUAAAGAUGCCCAAAGAGCCCUGACAUCAGAGCUGAGGGAGUUGGAGGACAAGUAUGCUGAAUGUAUGGAGAUGCUUCAUGAAGCUCAGGAGGAACUCAAGAACUUCAGGAAUAAAACUCUGCCUCUCAGUACACCACGCCGAUUCCACUCGCUCGGCCUUUUCCCAAUGGACUCUUUAGCUGCUGAAAUUGAAGGUACCAUGAGGAAAGAGAUUGAGAUGUCUGAUCCAGAAGUAGAGGAGCAAAGGUUGCACCCAAAGAGAGUCUUCCAAACAGUGCGUAACGUCAACCAAUCCGUUCGACAGCGGUCCCUGGGUCCCUCCCCUCUGAACAUCCCAGGGUCCAAUCAGACAUCCUGUAUGAACUCGAGGGGAUCUAGCUGUCGGAGCACACCUAGAUCAAGCAUGUACGGAGGAGAUGGAAGCGAAAUGGACAACCGCACCAGUAGUCUACUGCUGGACACCCAGUCACCUCACGAUGGCUCUAAUGACUCUAACAGAAAGCCUGGCACACCUGGCACCCCCGGGUCCCAUGACCUGGCGGCGGCACUGCGUCGUCUUUCCCUUCGCCGGGACAACUACCUGAGCGAGCGGCGUUUCUUUGAGGAGGAGCGAGAGAGGAAACUCAACGCCCUGGUUGAGGACAAGAACCUGUCGUACGAUGAGAGAGAUUGUGGGAGUGGCAGUGAAGACGGUGGUCCUCUAACUCCAGCCGAGAGCAUCAUGUCUCUGGGGACCCUGCACUCGGUUUAUUCCAUCUACAGCACCCGAUCCUAUCUGCCCGAGAAACUUCAGAUCGUCAAACCUCUGGAAGGUUCGGCCACUCUCCACGCGUGGCAGCAGUUAGCACAGCCCCACCUGGGCGGCAUCCUUGACACCCGGCCCGGUGUGGUGACCAAGGGCUUCCGUCCCCUCGAGCUGGACAUUCAGGAGGUGUACCAGUUCACCGACCUGGAGGAAGACGAUCCAGGACUGCAUUCCCAAUCCGGCAUCUCUACCUCUAACCUGGGCUCUCUGCCCUGCUCACCUGCUUCCCGACGGCCGCCAACCGACAACUCAAACAUCCAAGAGGAUCACCACGGAGAGGACCUUGGUGUGCCAGACCGAGGGGAGGCAGGAGAUAAGGAGGUCUCAUCUGUGCAUUUUCCUGGUAAAUGUAUGUCACACACCAGCUCAACGUACACCUUCACCACCUGCAGGAUACUUCACCCUACAGAUGAGCUCACCAGAGUCACGCCCAGCCUGUUGUCAGGUCCUUCACUGGCCUCCUGCGUGUUGUCCAACAGCAGUCUGCGUUCAACCCCCGUGUCAACCCCCUGCACACCUCGCCGGCUCAGCCUGGCGGAGAGCUUCACCAACCUCCGUGACUCUACAAAAACCACCAGUACCUCUCUGGGCCUCGUGCGCCUCCUACAGGACAGAGGUAUAUCUGCUGCUGUCUAUAACCCUCACAGCUGGGACCGGGUGGAUCGAGCCCCCGCAUCAUCUACGACACCCUCUCAUCCGGGUUCGGACAUUCUUCCCUCCACCCCUCCCAACUCGCCCAGCAAAUCUAAACCCACCAGCCCAGUGUUGCCUGUAGGCUACAGUCCCUCAGACCCCCCUUACGAAACCUUUCUGGCUUCGCGGCCGGCCAGCUCCAUUCUGAAAGAAGUGCGUGAAGCGGACGAAAGGGCUCGAUCGGACUCGCAGUGUCAGACUGAGGUUAGCGUACAAAACCUUCGACUGGUGGACAAGGUGAAAAGGUUUAGCCUGGCUCCCAGAACGCUUACCCCGGGGCCCGUGGUGGGGAUGGGGAGACCGGGAGCACCGUUUGGUGCCCACGCUGCGGUGACCUCACCCAUAGCAGGACUGCCAGUGCUAAACUCAGGGAUGAGAAGAAACCGCAGUUACCCGGCUAUGGUUGGGGCUAGUAUGGCUAUGAAGGGCCCAGGGCCACCCAGCGAGGAUCUGCUAUUGGCCCGUGGGCGACAUAGACAAACUAGUCUCAGUGAAAAGUGAAUGUUGCCCCCCUAUCAACAGUAUAUCAUCCUUGUGACAACUCAACAGUGCCUGUUAUGAAGAUGAUGAUAUUUGUAUAGAUUAUUUUGUUAUAAUGAUUCCUUCACAUACAGUACAACGCAUUCAGCAGCGUCGAUUUUUGCACUUGCUCGAUGUGGAACAUUCACGCCCCUCGGUCAGAAUCAUUUCCAAUUUAAGCACUUUUUGACUACGAAAAUAAAGGAGAAUGCCUUUUGUUUAUAAAUCUGGUCUUCCUAACCCAACAGUUAUUUUGUUUUUUGUUUUCGGUUAGCAAGAUGCUAGCAAGAGCACUUAUAGCACCUUAAUGCUAUCGGUAGCCUCGGCAAUGAUGAAAACCUUGAUUAAUUGUUCAGAAUUUAAAAAAUGGUCUAAGGUAUAGCGUUAUAGCAAGUUCCCUUAAUUGUGCCGACAAUGUAUAAAAGUUUUUUGUUUUUAAGUAUAAAUACUGUUACAGAAGCUUUGCUUCUUCUAAACUAGCCAUAAUUUUCAAUGUCUAAAAAUAUUUAAAGGUAUAGUUCACACAAAAAAAAAAUUAGCUCAUGUUUUACUUACCCUCAAGUCAUCCUAGAUGUAUUUGACUUUAUUCUUUCAGCCAAACACAGUCUGAGUUAUAUUAAAUAAUAUCCAGCUUUAUAAUGGCACUGGAUAGUGCCCCAUUUUUAAAGCUGCAAAAACGCAUCCAUCAAAUACUUAUCUGUACAGUUAUUAAAUGUAUUCAUUUAUAUUUCAAACUUUACAAACUAUGGCUAUACACAUGUUCAUGAGAGUUGAGGUCAGGUUGCAAAAACGAAAUUGCAAAAACGGGGCACUAUCCAAUGCCAUUAUAAAGCUAAAAAUAGUCAGGAUAUUAUUUCAUAUAAAUCUAACUGUGUUUGGCUUAAAAAUUAAAGUCAUAUAAACACAGUGGCGGCCGAUGACUUCUUUUCCGAGGGCACACGAUGCAAAGCUCGUAAAAACAUGUCAUGUGAGCCUAUGUGCAUCACGCGUCAUGUCAAAAUAAGUGCCUGCUGCAGUUACUUCAAAGGGGUUUAUGAUAAGAGACGCUCACGUUUGCCAGAUACUCGCUUAAUCUCAAGCAUACUCAGUGUUUAGUGUUAAGUGAGUGUCUUGCGAGUAUUCUGUGAACAUCUUUUUUAUCAUAAACCCUUUCGAUGCAUGUGCAGCAGGCAAGUAUUUUGACAUAACGCAUGAUGCACAUAGGUUCACAUGACACACCGAACACGUAUUUCGACAUGACGAGCCACACUUGACACUCCGAACACAUUUUUUUAAUUCUUGCCCCUCUGAAGAGAAGUCACCACUGCUUGAGGGUGAGUAAAAUAUAAUUUUCAUUUUGGGGUGAACCGCUCCUUUAAUAAUGCAGAGUGUAGUGUAAACCAAUUCGCUCAAUGUUUUAACAGAGGGCACUGUUGAGCACACCCCUCUCUGUUUUGUACUGUACUGUACAUCCUCUCAGACUAAAAGAUGACUGACUGAAAUAAGAGGCGGUGAAGGCGAUGCGUGUCUGCAUUUGAAACAUAAUCAUGUUGCUUUUAAUGUCAUUUUGUGUCAGACCAAUGUUAUUUAUUUAAAGUGUUUGUGUGGAUGUAUAUGGUUUAGUAUGAAAACAUGCAAUUGCAGUAUCAGGAUUUGCAAGCCUUUACAUUUCCUCAGUCAAUGGGAUGUAAAGUUCUGCUGCAAAAAUCCCGUACAUCUGCUGUGGCUUUGAAGCCUACUGACUGAUAUUGUUUCAUACAUGAAGGAUAUGAAGUGUGAACUGCAAGCUUUAAAGAUUUCAAGGGUGCAAUUGUAAUUCAUAUAGUGCCUUUUCUUUCGUUUUGACAGACUUCAACAUAAUGGCUUUGCCUGCAACAGUAUGCACUGUAAUUGUGUUGAUGUAUUGACUUCCUAAUGGUUUUAACCUAGUUGACAAUGCAGAUCUAGGAUGUAACAUUUGCUGGACAUAUUAUAUUUGAUGAAGAAGCACAUACAGUUGAAACUGAAAGAGAUUUGUCAGGUGAAAGUGUGCGCGCUUGCAUUUAUUCAUACCUUGACGUUUGUUGAAUGUGUUACAGAACCACAGAGGUUUCUGCCAUGACUGAAUAUUGAUUUCAAUGGUGUUUAUUUCAUCGGAUUACUGAAGGGACGUUUUACUUGUAUAUUGUAAAUGGUAAAUAUGCAAAGAGUUUAAACAUGCUAACUUUUUUAAUAAAAAACAAAAAUAGAACGAAAAAAGACAAAAUGUUGACAGCUUGUCCGAAUGCUGGUUAAAAACAGAGUUUUUGUUCAUGAAUUUUGGAAGCUCCUGUUUACAGAGGUCAUCAAUAAACCAGUUCAGAUCAUCUUGUGUCUGUUGUCUUUCCCUCUCGAAUCCAUUGUUAUACGGUAAAAUAUAUUUGAUCUAGAGCUGUCAAAAGAUUAAUCUCAAUUAAUCGAAUACAAAAUAAAAGUUUGUGUUUGCAUAAUA